GGGUUCAAUGUCCUGCUCAAGGACACGGAGCUGGGAAUCAAACCCCAGUUAUUGGUUAGUGGACGAGCCGCUCUAACUCCUGAGCCACAGCACAAGCCUCUACAUGAAAGGCUUCGAUGCAGCUGCAAGGAGACAGGGGAAACACAAGCAGAGAGUUUGGCUGAAAGUUUUCUCCAGCGGCCUGAAAAUCCUGGAUGAGAGGAGCCGGGCUGUACUUCACGACCACGAGAGGAGCCGGAUCAGCUCUUUGACAAAAGAUGAGUCGGACCCCAGAGCUCUGGCCUACGUCUACCAGCACCAAGACACCUACAGCCUCUUCUACAUCAAGAUGGCUAACCUGGCAGAGCCAGUCCUGGCCGACAUCAAAGAGGUUUGUCAGUGUGAGGACCAAGAGAUGCCACAGGAACCUGCAGAGACACAGACACAAGGCUCCUUACUGGUUCUAAAUGACAGUUCAUCCUCUCCAGCUGAGGCCCCAGCUUUUGAGGGUGUGUUCAGUCCGCGACCGGAGUCUUCACCGGGACGAUCCCAGCAGGUCUCUCCCAGAAAUGAGCUGAUGGAAGUUUUCUCCAUCCAGAUGGACGAGCCGAUGUCACCCACCGACAGCAGCUGCACCAGUCAACCUGAUUCUCCUCAGCCAACACUCUCCACCUCUCAGAUCCUCUCCAUGUUCCCCACUCAGCCACCAGGGGGCUCUCCAUACUCCUCUCCACCAUACUAUCCUACCUCCGUGCCCUGGGGCCAGAAUGUUUUGCCAGGAAACCAGUGGGCAGGUCCAGCUAUGGCGCCCUGGCCAACCACGCCUGGCAACAUGGCUGCAUGGCCGCCAGCAGCCAUCAUAGCGCCCCCUGCAGGCAGCCCUCACGGCAUGCUGACCUCUCAGCCAGGGGUCAUGUGGGGAGGCAGCACACCUUCUUCACCCACCACUGCCAACGGUUACGCUUCACCUGUAAACUCCAUCAAUGUCCCCAGUGGAGCCACAGGAUCAAUGCAGUCAGUAUCCACUAGUUUGGACCAAAAUCUGCUCCUGUGAGGAAACUUCACAUCAAUGCUCUCGUCCAGGGGUCUCUUAAUAAAUUAUAUUAUAGUAGUCAAUGUAUGGCUUUUGAAGAUACAGAAGAGGACAUUAAAAACAGGAAACCUUUCAUUAUUAUUAUUAUUAUUAUUAUUAUUAUUAUUAUUAUUAUUAUUAUUAUUAUUAUCUAAGAUAUUGGAGUAAGUACUAUUUACACAAAAUGUCUGCUCCUUAAGAACCACAAAGAUAUUUUGGUAUCUUCACGUGUUUUUAUUUGUGUUAUCUUGAAUUUUCUAUAUAAAAUAACUGCAAACAUCUGUUUUGAUAUUAAACCUUAAUUCAGUGUUCCUCACAUUCAGUGCUGUGGGUUUUAGACGGAUACAUUUCCUUGUCCAGAUCAAGGGUCUGUUUUAGAUUUGCGAUAUUGGGCAAUAUGAUCAAAAUGAACUUUACUUGACCUGAAUAAAAUAUGUAGAGUACGACU